UCAAAAAGGCACAAAAGGGGGAGGUUUCCAAAAAUAAAAUUGCCCAUCCUAUCCAGAGCCAGCCAGUGCCAGAGGCAAAGGAGAGGGUGCUUGGAGCUGUCUGCAAAGAAGACCACGCGCUCUGACAGCCGCGGAGAGAAAGAGACGGGAGAACUCUAAGGCAGGGAACUGUUGCUCCCGGCUCGGGAAGACCUGUGUUAUUGCUCCUCUGAGCCUUGCUUUCCCAUCCAGACAGCAGGUAUUACUGAAGCCUCUUUUGGAUGUACCUGAAGAUGUGAAUGGCUCUGAAAUGUACCAGAGGGAUUUAGCUGGGGGGACUUUUCUCGGCAAUCCAAUUGCAUUUGGUAUAUGACACAACUAAUCCAAAGACAGUGUGCUUUUCCUCUUGGAUGGAAACCAUGAGGAGCUCUUGGAACAGUUUUCUCCCAUUAACUAUAGCACUUUUUAUGGGGGUUGUGGACUGUCAGAGACACUUUGCUGGGCAACCGGAUCAACGUCCUUCUUUCAGGACAGAUGCUGGGAAUAGGGAGAUGACACCGCUAAGAUUUCAGCAGAACCAAGGCAGGUUUGGGCCAAGAACUAAGGUGCACGGUUUGUUCCAGGUACCUGGUUCUUCUUCUACAUUGGAUCAUAUUCCUGUGACUCCUCAGACCAAUGCUGCUGCUAAUGCCCGGAUGAGAAAUCCAGCAGGGGGGGAACAUCAGAAACAAUACUCUGCUCCCACAUUCCGCAAACUCCCAUCUCUCACCAAUGUGAGAUCUCAGACCAGCAAUCCUAGAAGGAACACUGGUGCUCUGGGUAGAAGUCCAAGCUGGACUCUCCAGCAGAGAGCACCACCAGUGAACCUCGUCCAGAAUGGGCCAAGACCACGGACAGCCCCACAAGUGCAAAUGCAGGCUGCCAGAGGCCGGAUGGCAGGACCAAAUGUCUGCGGGGGACAAUGCUGCUCAGGGUGGACAACUGCUCCUAGUACAAAUCGAUGUAUUAAACCUGUAUGUGAUCCUCCAUGCCAGAACAAAGGAUCCUGUAGCCGUCCCCAGCUUUGCAUUUGCCGUUCAGGCUUCAGAGGCUCCCGGUGUGAAGAGGUGAUUCCAGAAGAAGAGUAUCACCCUCCUGGCCUUGCAACUGCCUUUCAGCCUCCGGCAGGUUCCCUUCAAAAGAGAAGAAACAGUGCAGAAAAAAGAGAGCAACAGCUACCUAUCAUACAGAAGCUACCAGCUGGGGUUCAGAACAGAAGCAGCUCCCUUGUUACCUCUCAGCUGUACACAGGAUCAUCCCGCACAGUCCGACGCUACCCAGCUAUAAAUCGUGAUCAGCUAAUUUUCAAUACACUUCCCAAUGGGAAUGGAUUUGAACAGAGCAGUGCUGUGCCACAAAUGGUACAUCCAGAACCUGUUUUAUCUCCCUGGGGAGCCAACCUGACAGAAAAAAUCAGGAAGAUAAAGAUAGUCUUCACUCCCACAAUCUGUAAACAGACUUGUCACCAUGGCCGCUGCUACAAUAAUUGUGAGAAAGGGGACACUACCACCUUAUACAGCCAGAGCGGACACGACCAUGACCCCAAAUCUGGUUUUCGUAUCUAUUUCUGCCAGAUUCCAUGUCUAAAUGGAGGGCGCUGUGUGGGAAGGGAUGAAUGCUGGUGCCCAUCUAACUCUACAGGGAAAUUUUGCCAUCUACCAGCUCUAAAAGUAGAAAGGAAACAAGUUCCAAAUAGCCUGGCAAGCAGCUCCAUGAAGCAUUCUAUGUAUACACUUCCUCUGUCCAACCAACUUGCUUCAAUAUACCCUUCCCUGGUGAAUGUACAUAUCCGCCAUCCCCCAGAAGCCACGGUGCAGAUCCAUCAGGUGGCUAGAGUGAAGAGUGACUCAGGACCAUCAGAAGAGAACAGUGUGGAAAGUGUACAGAUACCCCAGCUUCCAAUGGCCUCUCAUUACAGUAAUAAUACCACCCCAAACAACAAUAUUGUCAUUGAAAGCAACCAGCAACAGAGGCCCCAGGGCCUCAUGGGAAAAUGUUACCUGGAGACAGUACAUGGAAAGUGUGCUGACCCAUUGCCUGGUCUGGCCAAGUAUGAGGAUUGCUGUGGAAGUGUGGGAGCCUUUUGGGGUUUCAGCAGUUGCAUUCCAUGUCCAGUGAAACCAGCUUACCCAGUAACUGAAAAUGGACAUGUAGAAUGCCCACAAGGAUACAAGAAGCUGAAUCAGAGUCACUGUCAAGAUAUUAAUGAAUGUAUGAUUCAAGGUGUAUGUAAAGAUGCAGAAUGUAUGAACACCCGUGGCAGCUUCGUCUGUACUUGUAAGCCUGGUACUAUGUUGGACCCAUCACGCAGUCACUGUAUUUCGGAUAAGGCAGUUUCCACAGAACAAGGGUUGUGCUAUCGCUCGGUGAUAGAAGGAAAGUGUACUCUGCCACUUAAUCAGCGGAUCACCAAACAGAUCUGCUGCUGCAGUCGUGUUGGCAAAGGAUGGGGGAGAAACUGUGAGAUAUGCCCGUUGUUGGGCUCUGAAACAUUUAAGGAGAUUUGCCCUGCAGGCCAUGGCUACACUUAUGCCAGCUCAGACAUUCGGAUGUCCUUGAGGAAGGCAGGAAUUGAUGAGCUCCCCCCACUCAGCUCAGAGGAGCAAAGGGGACAUAGUGAUCAGAGGUCUAACUGGACAAUUAGACAGAAGGAAGUGCAGGAGGUCUUGAAUGGUGGUGCUAUAGAUAUUUUUCCCCCAACUGACAUCCCAGCAGGAAAAGCAGAAUCCCAAGAAGAUCAGGAUACAGAUGAUGCUAUCCAAGAAAGUGAUACUAAUCCAGAGAUAAAUGCAUGUUCCUCUUCACCUGAUAUCUGUGGUCCAGGCACUUGUGUGAACUUUCCUGAAGGAUAUACCUGCUUGUGUUAUCCUGGUUAUCAACAGCAUCCUAGUCACACCUAUUGCAUUGAUAUUGAUGAAUGUGAGAGAAAUCCAUGUGAUGGGAAGGGUCACUGUGUCAACACUGAAGGCUCUUAUUCUUGUAUCUGUUUUUCUGGGUAUAGCAUUCUCACUUCACAAAACAUGCAAACAUGUCAGGAUCUAAAUGAGUGUGACCAGCCAGAUGUGUGCCAUGGAGGGCAGUGUAUCAACAUACCUGGCUCAUAUUACUGUGAGUGCAAAAUAGGCUACAUCCUGAAUCGCAAAGGACAGUGUGAAGAUAUUGAUGAAUGUACAACCUAUAACAUCUGUCCCAGAGGGCGCUGCAUCAAUACUGAAGGCUCUUUUUCUUGUGUGGAUUGUGAUAAUGGCUAUGUUGCAUCAAUGGAUGGAAGAACAUGUGAAGAUAUUGAUGAAUGUAAUUCACACAUGGCCUGCCCACAGGGAAUCUGCACUAAUACACCAGGCUCCUUCAUUUGCCAAGCUUGUGAAACAGGCUAUGUUCUCUCAUCUAACAGACAGUCUUGUGAAGACAGUAAUGAAUGUGAAUACCCAAAUACUUACUGCUUAGGAGGAGAGUGUGUAAACACACCAGGAUCCUACACAUGUCAUUGUCAGCUGGGAUUUGAACUCGUCAAUGGGACCACAUGUGAAGACCAGAAUGAGUGUCUGGAUAGUGGCAUCUGCAGCCCCAAUGGCGAAUGCCUGAACAGCCAUGGAUCUUAUUUCUGCAUUUGUGCUCUUGGCUUCUCAAAUGCUGCUGGUGGAGUCAGCUGCCAAGAUGUGGAUGAAUGCGCCGAUCAGUCCCGGUGUUUGAAUGGCCAGUGCCUCAAUACAGAAGGAUCUUACAGGUGCUUGUGUCAGACUGGCUUCCAGCAUUUGCAGGAAACAGAUGACUGUGUAGAUGUGGAUGAAUGUAAAGAAUUUGGGGCUGCUGCUUGUGGCAUAUGGCAAUGCCAGAACACCUUGGGUUCAUUCCACUGCAUUAUGGGAUGUCCUCCUGGCUUCCAUCGCACACCAUUUGGUGAAUGCAUUGAUAUUGAUGAAUGUGCCAAUGAGACCCUGUGUGGAAACCAUGCUUUCUGUGACAACACUGUUGGGUCAUUCCAUUGCCUGUGUGAUCGUGGCUAUAAAAACUCACCUUCAAGCCAUGACUGCAUUGAUGUAAAUGAAUGUGAGCUGAUGGUUGCAGUGUGUGGGACUGCACUUUGUGAAAAUGUAGAAGGAGCCUUCCUGUGCCUGUGUCCAAGUGAUCAUGAGGAGUAUGACACAGAAGCUGGGGAAUGCCGCCCCCGGUCAGGCAUAGGGGAACCUGGAAGGCCUGCGUCUUUACAUCCAGGUAGUGCAGAGCGGAAGGAGUGCUAUUAUCACAUCAGUGAUGUCCCAUUGUGUGACAGUGUCUUGGCCAAUAACACCACAAAAGAGGAAUGUUGCUGCACUGAAGGAGCAGCCUGGGGAGAUAAUUGUGAAACAUAUCUGUGCCCAGUCAUUGGCUCAGUGGAAUAUAUUGAGAUUUGUCCCAGUGGGAAGGGCUAUAUUCCUGUAGAAGGAACACUGAUUUUUGGACAGACAUCUUACACAG